GUCGGAGCUUUACAAUUCCAAGUUUCAACUUUUCUCUUCUGGUCAAUUUAUGCCACGACCAACAUUAAACCAUUUCUGAGCUUCGAUCGAAACCCAUUUUUUCGAUUUUGAGUUUCUCAAUUUGCGGCUCUCCGAGAUUACCAUGUCAAUGUCUGAUUCAGAUACCUCGUCUCAGGGCGGCGACUUCAAGAGCUUCCGGCAAGUCACCCGUGAUCGGCUGUUAUAUGAAAUGCUUCGAUCAACAAAGAAAGGGGAUUCUAAAUCAACUUGGAAGGUUCUCAUAUUGGACAAAGUCACUGUUAAAGUAGUGUCUCACUCGUGCAAGAUGGCUGAUAUUACAGAAGAAGGUGUUUCAUUGGUGGAAGAUAUAUAUAAAAGAAGACAACCCUUACCCUCAAUGGAUGCAAUCUACUUCAUGCGGCCAACUAAAGAAAAUGUGGUUAUGUUUUUGUCGGACAUGGCUGGAAGAUCACCUCUUUAUAAGAAGGCAUUUGUGUUCUUUAGUACACCAGUUCCCCGAGAAUUGGUUAACCAAAUUAAGAAUGAUGGGAGUGUCCUAAGGCGCAUAGGCUCUUUAGUAGAGAUGAAUUUGGAGUAUUUUGCAAUUGACAGUCAGGGUUUCAUUACUGACAACGAGAGGGCUCUAGAGGAACUCUUUACAGAUGAUGAGGGUACUAACAGAACUACUGCAUGUUUGAAUGUGAUGGCUACACAUAUUGCUACAGUUUUUGCUUCAUUGAGAGAAUUUCCUCGUGUUCGCUACCGUGCACCUAAAUCCCUUGAUACAGACACUAUGAUAACAAUACGUGAUCUAAUUCCUACAAAACUUGCUGCUGGUGUCUGGAACUGUCUUGAGAAAUAUAAAUCCCAGCUUCCUAACUUUCCCCAGACGGAAACAUGUGAUUUACUCAUUGUAGAUAGAUCAAUAGAUCAGAUUGCUCCAGUGAUCCAUGAGUGGACUUAUGAUGCCAUGUGCCGUGAUUUGUUAAAUAUGGAGGGAAAUAAAUAUGUGCAUGAGGUUCCAAGCAAAGGAAAUGCUCCACCUGAGAGAAGAGAGGUUCUUUUGGAAGAUCAUGAUCCUGUCUGGUUGGAGCUUCGGCAUUCACAUAUAGCUGAUGCUAGUAUACGGUUGCAUGAGAAGAUGACAUACUUUCAAUCAAAGAAUAAGGCUGCACAAAUUCACCAUGGUUCAAGAGACGGUGGUGAAAUAUCUACUCGUGAUUUGCAAAAGAUGGUUCAAGCCUUGCCCCAGUAUAGUGAACAAAUUGACAAACUUUCUCUCCAUACUGAUAUUGCUCAGAAGAUCAACAAUAUUAUUAUAGAGACAGGGCUAAAAGAUCUCGGGAAACUGGAGCAAGAUCUUGUUUUCGGGGAUGCAGGGACUAAAGAAUUACUUAAUUUUCUGAGAACAAAUUUGGAUGUUACCCAUGAGAAUAAGUUGCGGUUACUGAUGAUUUAUGCAGCAUGUUAUCCUGAGAAGUUUGAGGGUGAUGAACUUUCUAAGUUAAUGGAGUUAGCAAGGUUACCCCCUGAUGACAUGAAUGCUGUGCAUAAUAUGAAGUUGCUAGAGGGAUCAUCAAUAUCAGAUACCAAAAAGAGCUCAUUUGGAGGUUUUUCUCUACAAUUUGAUGCUAACAAGAGGCGUGCUGCUAGGAAAGAUCGUGGUGAAGAAACACUGUGGCAAUUUUCACGUUUCUACCCAAUGAUAGAGGAACUUAUAGAGAAACUUGGGAAAGGCGAACUGUCAAAGAGUGAGUACCCGUCUAUGAAUGAUCCAAGUCCAUCCUUCCAUGGGACUAAUUCAAAGACUGCUACACUGACAAAUAAUAACGGCGCCCCUGCUCCCCAUUCGAUGAGACAAAGAAGGGGAACAUGGGCUCAGAAGCAGCCGUCUUCUGAUGAUGGAAACUCUUCAAGUGAUUCAAUUUUGAGACACGCUUCAAGUGAUUUCAAGAGAAUGGGUCAACGUAUAUUUGUUUUUAUUGUUGGUGGAGCAACUCGUUCAGAGUUACGAGUGUGCCAUAAGCUGACAGCUAAGCUCCAGAGAGAGGUUAUAUUGGGAUCAACUAGUAUUGACGAUCCCCCACAGUUUAUCACGAAGCUGAAGUUGUUGAGUCAAGACUUGUGCCUGGAAUUAGACCAUCUUCAAAUGUGAAAAUGAAGAUGCAAUAUUUGGAGGAGAAAGGAUCUGGAAAAUGAGUCUUUAUCCUGUUUGUAAUAGUACAAUAUUGUUGUACAACCUCCCAUUAAAUUCAAUUUUUUUCACAUUAAUAUUGUUACCCCCUACUUGGGUGGAUGUGAUUCUUCGCAACUGAAAUUUGCAAUUUUUUGUUCUUUUGCAGCUCCUUAAUGAGAGUGUUGUUUGUUUGUAUACAUUACUAAUGAUUAAUGUAUGUGAUUAGCAAACCCAACCAAUUUUGUUGGGGGCAGUUAACAUU